AUCCAGGCCAGUUGACUGUGUUAGGAGGUGGGAACGCACUCGGGAGAGAACCGAGUUAGCGUCCGGCCGCCCACGCGCGUGGAAGCAAGUUCUGGGAGGCGGGAGCGCCCCGCGGCUCGCACGUCUGGCCCUUGGGAGAAGAUGGCAGACGAUCAGAGCUCUGUUGUGGAGCAGGGGGCUGGGGAUUCAGCAAGCAACGAUUUAGUUGAUGCGAAGCCAGAUCGGUCCUCUUUUGUCCCAUCGCUCUUCGGUAAGAAGAAAAAUGGCUCAGGGAGAUCAGUCAAGACCCCCCGGGACCGAGUGCCUACAUAUCAGUAUAACAUGAAUUUUGAGAAGGUGGGCAAAUGCAUCAUAAUAAACAACAAGAACUUCGACAAAGUGACAGGAAUGGGCGUCCGAAAUGGAACAGACAAAGACGCCGAGGCUCUUUUCAAGUGCUUCCGGAACCUGGGUUUCGAGGUGGCCGUCUAUAAUGACUGCUCUUGUGCCAAGAUGCAAGAUCUGCUGAAAAAAGCUUCCGAGGAGGACCACAGAAAUUCAGCCUGCUUCGCCUGCAUCUUAUUAAGCCACGGAGAAGAAAACUUAAUUUAUGGAACAGAUGGUGUGACAGCAAUAAAGGACUUGACAGCCCAUUUUAGGGGGGACCGAUGCAAAACCCUUUUAGAGAAACCCAAACUCUUCUUCAUUCAGGCUUGCCGGGGGACAGAGCUGGAUGAUGGCAUCCAGGCGGACUCAGGGCCCAUCAAUGACACAGAUGCCAAUCCCCGAUACAAGGUCCCUGUUGAAGCCGACUUUCUCUUCGCCUAUUCCACAGUUCCAGGCUAUUACUCAUGGAGGAACCCAGGGAGCGGCUCCUGGUUUGUGCAGGCCCUCUGCUCCAUCCUGAACGAGCACGGGAAAAGCCUGGAGAUCUUGCAGAUCCUCACCAGGGUGAAUAACAGGGUGGCCAGGCACUUUGAAUCUCAGUCUGACGACCCGCGCUUCCACGAGAAGAAGCAGAUCCCGUGUGUGGUAUCCAUGCUCACCAAGGAACUCUACUUCUGAAGAUAACCUUUCCAGGGGCGCCUUCUGCUGAGAAGCCACAUUCAUCUGUUGAUGAAUCAGAUUUUUUUUUUUUUUUUGAUGCUCUUGAAAGAUCCGGAAAUUCUAAAGGAUUUUAUUUUCAGGAAAAUUAUUGAUUCAACAGGAAAGAAACUUUCUGGUGCUGUCUUACGUUCUCUGAAUUUUCAGAGACUUUUUUUUUUUACACUGUUAUCCAUUUGAUGACUUUUUCUCUUGAGAUUAAUUUUCUGUUUGUCUAUCUUUCUCCUUGUUGUCACAUUUAGUAUAUACAACAAAAAUGACCUCCGCAGAUGACUUUUGUCUGUGUCCAACGUGAUUGGUGGUGACAUUGGUAGACUGUCAGAGUCAUAUUUGUACCCCGGCAAAGAGAGUGCUUGACUGACAAAACAGCCAAAGGGAUAUUCAUUUGCCUGUAUUGCAGAAAGUGGCAACUGAGUGUGGUUUGAGUGAUUUUUUUUUUUAAUUGGCUUAGGGCAGAUUCUCAAUGCAAAGAUUCCCAGAUAUGUUAGAAGGGGGAAAAGUUAAUGAUUCUGUUACGCAGCAGUCAGGAUCCAGUCAAGAAAACAGAAACCAUUCUAUGUGUUUCAACAGAGGAAAUUUAAUAGAGGAAAUCGACAUACAUAGAUGAUGAAAAAGAAGAUAAAUAAAAGGAAACUGUUGCCACCUCGGUCUAUGAGAAGAUGUGGUUCCCUGAGUCCAGAAAUUGGGGUGGUCCACAGGAGCUGGAACCAUGUUGGGGGCUGGCUGGUAGAGACUGGUACCACCCAAGAAUUGUGAGCAGUAGAGCCAUGGCAGGGCAAAGCCACUGCCUGAGAUGGGGCAACACCAGAUGAGUUGGACAUGGAAAAACAUCCUGGUUUCACCUCUUCUUCUGCCCUCUAGUCUUCCUCCAGCACCUCACCUCCAGCAGCCCUACCUGGAAGCUGUCUGGCAAGGGCUCUGUGAUUUCCUGCAAUACAAAGCAUAGCAAGGGAUAGUGAGGCAGGGGAGGAACAAGAAAUGAACACAGGCCUGGCUUACAAUGUGAAUAGAAAGAAUCCUACUUUCUGAUGUUCAGUGAUUCAUCCAUUCAGUCAUUUAUUCAUUGAGUUGUCCAAUAAUUUCUGUAUUGCCCACUAUGUGCAAAAUCAUCUGUUCUAGCUUUAACGUAUCCUUGGAACUUUUUAGGUUAUUCCAAGCCUUAUUCUGAGUAAAUUUUUUGUUACCUCUAAUUUUCUAAAUGGGGAAGGUUUAUGGCAAAGAUAUUUGCACUUUGUCUUCAAGGUAGUGUUGCCUUUUGAAUUCUUGACAAAUUACUAUUUUAUUCUACCUAAUAACUUGUUAACAAACAGAUGUUUAUAUUUAUUGAUUAAAAUGUGGUUGCUUAAUUCCUAA